AUGCCCGAAAACAACUUUUCCGGGCCCAUUCCGCCAGGCCUUUUCCGCCUGCCCGCGCUCCGCCACGUGGAUCUCAACACGAUUAGUCCCUACCCGUACUUUCUAUUUCAAAAUGAAGGUCUUUCAGGGUCUCUUCCCGACGGGCCCGACGCGUACUCCCCGUCGCUGGAAACGGUAAUUCUGUAUGGCAAUGCGCUCUCGAGGGAGCUUCCGCGCGCCCUUCUCCACGCGCCUGCGCUGAGUCGGUUGGACCUGCAGAGCAACAACAUCGCGGGGGAACUCCCGGGGGAGGCGGGCGCGUAUUCGCAGAGCAUUACCGCGCUCAUCCUGCGCAACAACAGCCUGUCCGGCGCCAUUCGGCCCGCGCUGGCGGAGAUGACGGCGUUGCGGAAACUCAACCUGGGAGGGAACCGUCUGUCCAGCGCGGUGCUCGCGUCACUGCUCGACUCCGAGUCGCUCAAGGCUCUCGACGAAGUGCGGUUGGACAACAACGCACUCACUGGGCCGUUCUGCAACGCGCUGCUGCCCGCGCGCGAGCUUUGGCUGGGCUUCAACGACCUGGGCGGCGCGACUGCCGGGAGCAGCGCCAGCGCAACCGGCGGUGGCGACGGGGGCGGCGGAGGUGAGGAGGAGGAAGGGGGGGGCUCUCUGCACGGCUGCAUGCUGCCCGCGAAGCUAGAGAUUCUCAGCGCGCCGUACGCGGGGCUGCGGGGGAGCGUUUCGCCCGAACUGUUCCUUGCGACGAACGCGCAGUCGGGGCGCAAGCCAUCCAUGGGCGGCUUGGGUAGGAUAAUCCGGAUCGACCUGAGCUACAACAACCUCUCGGGCAGCCUGAAGGCUUUGACGGUGCUUCCGACUGGGGUCUUGGACCUGUCGCAUAACAACUUCUCGGGCGGUAUUCCCGAGGCGUUUUUCAGCGGCGGCUUCUCGCUCGCGGACCUGCGGUUUAACGAGCUGUCGGGGCCGCUGUUUGACACGUGCCGGGAGGAUUGGAGUUACGACUGGGAUAGGCUGCGCGUGAGCGACAACAGCGCACGCAUGGCGGGCACCGUGGGCGCGGGUUACAUCCCCGUGCCGGCGCCUGGCGUGCAGGUCUCCGCUACGGAGACUGAGGCGCUGCUGGCGGUGCGCGAUGCGCUCCUGGGGAAAGCAGCGGGGGGAACGGAGUUUGCGGACGGCGGAAGCAGCUCAUGGGGGGAGAUUCUGCGCAGUUGGGACGCGAGCAGCAGCAGCGCGUGUGGGUGGUACGGCGUGGGGUGCACAGCAGACGGACACGUGGACACAUUGCACCUGUUGGGCAAUGCUUAUGUCACCCUGCACCCCAACUUCGUCCCAGAAUCGCCCGAUUGCGAACACACCCAGUGUGGCGACAAGAUAUGCGCGGACGCGGAUCCGCGGCCUCCCCCCCAAGUGCAGUUCUUCCUGGAGGGCCUCCCUGGCGGCAGCUCGAACAGCCGUGCGAGUGCGGACGGGAGUCUGUCGGAGGCGGUGGGGCAGCUGACGCACCUCACCUCUUUACGCAUCUCCGGGCACGCCCUCUCCGGCGGCCUGCCGCCGUCCCUCUCGCGCCUCUCUCACCUCGUCGCUCUCGACCUCUCCUCCAACCGCCACCUCUCCGGCUCCAUCCCCCCCGCCCUCUUCGCCCUCCCCUCGCUGCGAGAGCUCUCCCUCCGCGAGAACAACCUCACAGGAGAGGUCCUCCCGACCACCGCUGCAGCAGCAGCAUCAGCAGCCGCCGCACUGUCGCCGAGCUUGGAGAGUCUAGACGUGGGAGGGAAUGCUCUCUCAAGGUCCAUUCCAGCUGACGUAGGUCUUCUGACGGGGCUGACGCGCCUGGCGCUGGACCAGAACCGGCUGGACGGCAGCUUGCCAAGGGAGCUCGGCGCGCUCUGGACGCUCACAGACCUGCACCUGCAGGGGAACGCCCUCCAGGGGGACGUCUCUACACUCGCUGCCGCCUUUCCCCCACCUCCUGCUCCCGCCGACCCUACUGCCUCCAGUGCACCUGUCCUGUGGGGCCUCCGCGGGGUGUUCCCGCUGCUGACCCGUGUGGACGUCAGCAGCAACGAGGUCUCGGGUGACGCAGCCGUGCUCUUCCCUCUCCCUCAAGGACUCCUCAUGCUCAACUUGCCGAACAAUCGCCUCACCCAGAGCUUCUCCCUCGAAUUUCUCUCCCACUUGGACCUCUCUUCCAAUAAGCUCACAGGAAGCAUCUCCAAUGCUCUUGUCACCGGCCUCACAGCCCUAUCCCACUUGGAUCUCUCCAAGAACCUGCUCUCGGGCUCGCUGCCCCGCUCCCUCGCUGCUAUUGCGCCCCUCACCCAUCUGGACCUCUCACGCAACAAGCUCAAAGGCUCCCUGCCUGCCUUCUGCCAGGGAAAGCAGAGCCUCGCCUCUCUCCUCCUCUCCUCCAACACUUUCUCUGGUCCCCUCUCCUCCCUCCUCCCCUCCUCCUCCUCCUGCGCCUCCUCCCUCCUCUUGCUCGACGUCUCCACCAACCAGCUCUCCAGCUCGCUCCCCUCGUCACUCUCGCGCUUCACCGCUCUGCACUCCUUGCUAGCGGCGCGCAACCGCAUGAGCGGCAGCAUCCCUGCAAGGCUGGCAUCGCUGACAGCCCUGCAGGAGCUGGAUGUGUCGUGGAGCGGGCUGUCAGGCACCAUCCCUGCGCUGCUGCGUGCUGCUGCCCCCUCCCUGCAGGUGCACCUCGCUGGCAACGCCCUCUCUGGCUCCGUCCCCCCCUCUCUCUCCGACCUGCCCACCUCCUGCUUCCGCCCCGGCAACCCCAAGCUCUGUGGGAAACCCCUGCCUGCCUGCAAGAAGCGCUCUUCCAAGCCCAGGAAGGGGAGGUUGUAG